AAUAACUGUAUGGAAAAUCAAACCCUAAUAACUGAGUUUAUACUCUUGGGACUGUCCAGUGAUCCACGGCUGCAAGUUUUUCUCUUUUUGGUCUUCCUAAUUAUUUAUGCGGUGACAUUAAUAGGAAACUUGGCAAUCAUGCUGGUGAUCAGAAGAGAGGCUGGCCUUCACACCCCCAUGUUCUUCUUUCUCAGCCAUUUGGCUUUUGUUGACAUCUGCUAUUCAUCGGUCACUGUCCCAAAGAUGUUGGGAAAUCUCGUCACAGUGGAGAAAACCAUUUCCUGGGAAGGAUGCAUUACACAGAUCUUCUUCUUUUUCCAAUCUGCUUGUGCUGAGGUUUUCAUUCUUGCAGCAAUGGCUUAUGACCGAUACGUUGCCAUAUGUGACCCACUGCAUUAUACCAUAGUCAUGAAAACAGAGAUAUGCAAACAGCUGGUGGGUGGAGCCUGGACAAUGGGGUUCUUCUAUGCUUUGGUGAAUGUUCUGCCAUUGUUGAAUCUGCAGUUUUGUAAAAACAACACACUCAACCACUAUAGCUGUGAAAUUCCUUCCCUCUUGCUCCUGUCUUGCAGUGAUACUUUGACUAACUAUGUUGUCCUUCUUGCCUCUAGUUUUCUCUUUGGUUUAACUUCCUUUGUCCCCACUUUCAUCUCCUAUAUUUAUAUCAUUUCCACUAUCCUAAAGAUACGCUCAGCAGAAGGUAGGAGAAAAGCUUUCUCCACCUGUAGCUCCCACCUCCUUGUUGUGGUUUUAUUCUAUGGGACCGGCUACUUUCGAUAUUUGAGACCCAACACAUCAUCUUCAAUAGUUUUGGAUCAACUCUUUUCCAUCCAAUACAGCAUCUCUACCCCCAUGCUAAACCCUAUUAUCUACAGUCUUAAAACCAGAGAAGUGAAGGAGUCCAUUAAGAAGCUGCUGAAAAAAAUACAUUGA